AUGGUUCGUGAAAUCGGAUCGUCGGGAAAAUCUCUGCAGGCAUUAUAUAAUAUAUUCUUAGGGUCGCUGCCACGCCGUUUGGCUGACCUCGCCAACGGAUACGCUAACACCGACCCGAUUCGGUGGACAAGACAAGCACAUAAACCCUCAUACCCAACCAAAGGUUUAUCGCUGCACGAUUGCAUUCCGGCGGUGCCAAUGCCCGUGUGUAUACCAAAUACUACGAGUAGGUACCUAUACUUGGUAGAAAUAUCCGAAAUUCGUAUUAAAAGUCGUCGAUGUUGA